UUAAAAUAAAAUAAACGAGUCCCUACAAAAAUUUCAUAAUUAGUAUCGAAUAUUUAAAAUUUUUGAAUGCUUUCGCUUAAUAUCAAUAACCAAAUUCUUUGCCAGUUGGGCGCGUUCAGUCCAAAAAGAAGUAAUAUUUCAAGAAGAAAAGCAAAGAAGCAUAAAUGUGACGAAUUAUUAAAAGUAGCUCCAGGAUCUGUGACAUUGUGGCAGAUAAAACCUGGUAUUUUAUCAAAAACGAAUUUCCAAAAAAUAUUGACAUAUAAUGCUUUAAGUAGUGACUUUCGCUUCAGUGGAAUUGCAAAGCAAAUGCAACGUGAUUACUCAACUAACUAUAUGUCCUUCAAUUCUUUUAACGAAAAUAAAGUAGGGAUAUCAAUUCUUCCAUUGACGAAUUUGGGCAAUUCCACUUUUGUUCGCAGUUUUAAGACUGAUAGGUCUAAGGACGCAGAACGUAAACGUAACCCUAGCAUUUUAGUGAGAAUUCGAAAAAUGUUUAGCGGAGGCUCCGAACCUAUGAAGGGCGCAAAUCCUGCUUCACAAGUUUUACUUGCUAACACGGAAAUGAAUAAAUUUUUAAAGGAUGUUAACGCAAGUACAAAUUUAGAUGAAAAUCAAAAAUUAAAAGUUGCAUUCGCCGAAGGGUAUAUAGCUGCUAAUAACACUGAAGGCGGUGGUCCACAAAAAUCAGGAAGAGCUAUGAAAUACUUAAAAGUAUUUCAACAACUUUUGAUAAUUGUGGUAUUUUUAGCUAUCCUUAUAAGUAUGUUUAGUUCUACUAGUGGAAGUGUUUUUCGAAUUCAACUGGGGAAUCAAGUAGAAAUUGAUCCAGAAGACAUAAGUGUUUCUUUCGAUGAUGUUAAAGGAUGCGAUGAAGCAAAGCAAGAGCUCAAAGAGGUUGUAGAGUUUUUAAAAAGCCCUGAAAAAUUUUCUAAUUUAGGCGGAAAAUUACCGAAAGGAGUUCUCCUGGUGGGACCCCCAGGUACUGGAAAAACUUUGUUGGCCAGAGCAGUUGCAGGUGAGGCUGGUGUUCCAUUUUUUCAUGCGGCAGGUCCCGAAUUCGAUGAAGUUUUAGUAGGACAAGGUGCAAGACGGGUUCGAGAUCUUUUUAAAGCGGCCAAAGAUAGAGCUCCAUGUGUAAUAUUUAUAGAUGAAAUAGAUUCCGUAGGUGGCAAACGUACAAAUUCAGUUUUACAUCCUUAUGCAAAUCAAACCAUUAACCAGCUACUUUCUGAAAUGGAUGGUUUUCACCAAAAUGAAGGGGUAAUUGUUUUAGGGGCAACAAAUCGCAGGGAUGAUCUUGAUCAAGCUUUGCUUCGCCCUGGAAGAUUUGACGUAGAAGUCGUCGUACCUACUCCUGAUUACUCUGGAAGGAAAGAAAUUCUCACAUUGUAUUUAUCGAAAGUGCUGCAUGACGAAGUUGAUAUAGAUAUGCUUGCACGGGGAACAACGGGAUUUACAGGAGCAGAUAUAGAAAAUAUGGUUAAUCAAGCUGCUAUAAGGGCCGCUAUAGAUGGUGCUGAUACGGUGACAAUGAAACAUUUAGAAACCGCUAGAGAUAAAGUACUUAUGGGUCCUGAAAGAAAAGCCCGAUUACCAGAUGAAGAAGCUAACAAAAUAACAGCUUAUCAUGAAGGAGGGCAUGCCAUUGUAGCCUACUAUACUAAAGGAUCACACCCUUUGCAUAAAGUUACUAUUAUGCCAAGGGGGCCGUCUCUGGGUCACACGGCAUAUAUUCCUGAAAAAGAGCAAUAUCACGUCACGAAAGCUCAAUUAUUGGCAUUGAUGGACACUAUGAUGGGUGGAAGAGCAGCAGAAGAACUUAUUUUCGGUUUAGAUAAGAUAACAUCUGGGGCGAGCAGUGACUUGAAGCAGGCUACAUCUAUAGCUACACAUAUGGUGAAAGAUUGGGGCAUGUCUGAAAAAUGCGGAUUACGUACAAUUGAAAGUCCAAAAGGCAUUGUUAAUGGAACAAGUUUAGGACCAAGUGCAGCAGAAACCGUAGAUGCAGAAAUUAAAAGAAUUUUAAAUGAAAGUUACGAGAGAGCAAAGGCUAUUCUUAAACAGCAUUCGAAAGAGCAUAAGGCUUUAGCUGAAGCAUUAUUAAAAUAUGAAACGUUAGAUGCAGAAGAUAUAAAAGCAAUUAUGAAUGGUGAAGGACCCGUACAACAGCAAAAAAGUUAAUUGAAUAUAAUUUAAGUUUGUAGCCGAUUACUAAAGAAAAUAAGAUAUAUUUGUUUAAUACAAUAAUUUUGUGUUUUGUAUUUCACCCAUUUUAAUAAAUGACAUACUCGACAUAAUAUUAAGAAGGUUAUUUUAAAUACAUAAAUAUUCUUAAAUGAA